GCCGCGCGAUGAUGGAGAUACCCGACUCGACCGUCCGACGGCCGGCGGGGGCCACUGAGCCGGGCCGCAGCCGCUCCGAGGGAUCCUCCGACGCCGAGGACACGCAGACGCCGGCGCAUAACCAGGUAAGCACGGUCGUUCUCUACGGAGUGCCCAUCGUCUCACUGACAAUGGACGGCAAGGACCGGCUCUGCCUGGCGCAGAUCUCCAACACGCUGCUCAAGAGUUUCAGCUACAACGAGAUCCACAACCGGCGCGUGGCGCUGGGCAUCACGUGCAUCCAGUGCACGCCCGUACAACUGGAGAUUCUGCGCCGCGCCGGCGCCAUGCCCGUCUCCAGCCGGCGCUGCGGCAUGAUCACCAAGAGGGAGGCCGAGCGACUCUGCAAGAGCUUCCUGGGGGACAACUCACCGCCCAAGCUGCCCGACAACUUCACGUUCGACGUGCUGCACCAGUGCGCCUGGGGCUGCCAGGGCCAGUUCUACCCGGCGCGCUACAACUCGUCGCGAGCCAAGUGCAUUAAGUGCACGCUGUGCGCCACCUUCUUCUCACCCAACAAGUUCAUUUUUCACUCGCACCGGACCGCCGAGGCGACGUACGUGCAGCCGGAUGCGGCCAACUUCAACUCGUGGCGCCGCCACAUUCGGCUGCACGGCAGUCCGCCGGAGGAGAUCGUGCACGCCUGGGAGGACGUCAAGGCCAUGUUCAACGGCGGCACCAGGAAGCGGGCCGGGCCGGCGGCGGCAGCGGCGGCGCCCGCGGCCAAGACGGCGCGCUCUGAGCCCAGCGGCACGUCGGCCGUCGACCUGGUGACUUCCUACCCCGAGCCG